CUUGAUUAGAUUACAAAUGAGGCGAUCCUUUACCUAUUCUCUCUUUUAUGGAGAAUCAAGUUGAAGUGGGAAACUGUAGAGAAUGUAUGGAUAGACAAGCUAGCUCGAGAGAUGAAGCUGAAGCAAAGAGUAAUAAUGAUGUCCUCUCUGUUCCUGACAAUGGCGACACUGUUCUUGAUUGGUAUCCAACUCACAUGGACACUGACUGACCCACAGUCACAACACCCGAAUCAAGAGAAAAGUAAUGAAUCGAUAGAGAAGAAACUCAGCCCAGCAGUGCCAAGCUCAAAUCAACCUCCAUCAGAUGCUAUAAAUAGAUUCCGAGAACGAUUUAAUAAUCACAAGAGACCACCACCACCAUUACCUGUGCCUCGUGAUGAACUCAUGAAAGACAUUCUACAGAAACGGUUUGGGAAAUUCCCUCACAUAGGGAAACCCCCUUCAUUAGAUCUUACAACAGUUCCGUUUGUUAAAAUCAACCCAUGGAGUGUGUGGGAGAGAUGGGUGACUCAAGAUCAUUUUUAUCCCGAAGGAGCGUUUUAUUCAUCGGAGAUGAAUCAGAUUUUGGAAACCCUAGCAACGUCACAGGUCACUGAGUUGGGCCUCGGAUACAAGGGCACACAACUGAAGGCCACGAUGAUGCUGGGAGGACAGAAAACUGUAUUUAAGCCAAAGAGAUAUAGCAGAGAUGAGGUGAUUGAAGGAAAUCCAUACGCUGGCUUUGAUAGACACAACGGAGAGAUAGCUGGAUUCCAUCUGGAUGGUAUUCUUGGGUUCCGACUGGCUCCCCCAGUGGUGGGUCGGAAGAUAAAUCUAACAGCGCUAGGACCAAUCAUCACUGAGAAGCUUAAGGCCACAUUCUUGAAGAGAGGCAAUAACAUUUGUUUCUAUGGUAAGUGCUACUAUUGCAAGCCAGCUGAGGCAGCCUGUGCUGAUGGAGAGGUCAUGGAGGGGUCGGUCACUCUCUGGCUACCUUCCUGGUAUAAGCUCAAGACACGCAGACAUCCCUAUCAGAGAACUUACAGGGCUGAAACAUCUGCCAGGUGGGAGAAGGACAGCAGCUAUUGCAAGACAACUGUCCUGGACCAGUCCUCUGAAUUCUACUCUGGUGUACUGGAGUAUACUGACACAGCUGUCUAUGAUUUUCUAAUGGGUAAUGCAGACAGACAUCACUAUGAGGUGUACUCACUCGCCAAACCGCAUGGAAAACUGAUCCACAUUGAUAAUGGAAAGACGUUUGGUAACCCUCACCAUGACGAGGUGUCCAUCCUCGCCCCACUCACACAGUGCUGCAGGUUUCGCUCUUCAACUUGGGACAAGCUCCAAUCAAUAGAAAGCUCUCCUGACAAACUGUCUGAGAUCCUCGAUAAAAGUUUGCAAAGGGAUCCACUCUAUCCCAUCCUCUCUCAAGACCACCUAGCAGCCAUCGACAGACGAUUAGAAAUAAUAAUGACAGCUAUAAGACAUUGUAUAGACACUGAGGGUAGAAAAGACACUAUCGUAGAUAGUUGGGGGUGAUUUUAUUUUUGGCUUUGUGUGUUUUGUGUUUGUGUGUGUUGUGACAAAAUGAGUGUGUGAAUUAUAAA